AUGCCUCGUGAAGUUUCAGACAUCAAGCAGUUCAUCGAGAUCUGCCGACGCAAGGAUGCCAAAUCCGGACACAUAAAGCGCAACGCCCACCAGAUCAAGUUCAAGGUCCGAUGUCACCGCUUCUUGUACACAUUGGUGUUGAAGGAUUCGGAAAAGGCGGAUAAGUUGAAGCAGAGUUUACCCCCGGCCCUUACGAUGACGGACGUGCCGAAGAAGAACAAGAAGGGGAAGAGGGUGGCAUGA